CUGCCAACCACGAUUUUAUGGUAAGCUGUAGAGCAUAUCAGACAAGAUGGCUCAAGCACCGAUGAAGCGUAGACGAGGCGAUGAUGAAGCGCGACGGCCGAAGAAGAAGUUCAAGAAGCAGGCCGUAUACCACAGCGACUCCGACGGCGAUGACUCCGGGGAUGAGCGAGAUGCUCACGUGCAGCUCGCCGUGGGCAACGACGAGAUUGCACUGAGGGUGGGUGCUGCAGACGUAGACGUGGACGUGGACGAAGAUGAAGACGCAGACGAAGACGACGAGCCCGCCCUUGACGCAGCCGAUGACACAUCAGCCGACGAGGACAACGAUGACGACGAGAACGACGAGGCCAACGACACCCAAUCCGAAACCUCUCUAACCUCCAGCCAAGCCUCCCUCGCCCGCCGCAAACGUAACGAUCCCUCCGCCUUCGCCACCUCCAUCUCUGCCAUUCUCUCCACCAAACUCUCCACCUCCAAACGCGCUGAUCCGGUCCUCUCCCGCUCCAAAUCCGCCGCCGAUGCGAACCGCACCCUCGCCGACCAGCGUCUUGAGCAGAAAGCGCGUGCACAGAUUCGGUCCGAGCGUAAGCAGGCGCUCGAUAAAGGCCGGAUUAAAGAUGUGCUGGGCUUGGAGACGGAAGGCGUGGAGACGGGCGCAGUGCUUGAGGAGGAGAAAAGGUUGAAGAGGAUCGCGCAGAAGGGUGUUGUGAGGUUGUUCAACGCGGUCAGAGCUGCGCAGGUCAAGGGAGAGGAGGCGCGGAGGGAGGCGAGGGCGGAGGGCGUGGUGGGAGUGAAGCAGAGAGAGGAGAGGGUUAGUGAGAUGACUAAGCAGGGGUUCUUGGAUUUGAUUUCGAGUGGAGGA